AUGGCUCCCAAGGCACGAGACAAUGCGUAUAUCGAGAAGAGGAAGGAGGGUCCUUCUCUUCAGAAAAUCUUGAAGCAAGAGGACGAAAAGAAGAAGUUCUUGAAGGAUCUCGUAAAAAGGGUUGAGGAAGCUGAAGCGGAGGCGGCCCGUCUCAAUCUGGAUUUGAAUGAGCAAAGAAAUUUGCGCAUUCGUUAUCAGAAAGGCGUCGAGGCACUGGGCAAGCAGAUUGCCGAGUACCAAGAGGGAGUCAGAAACAACUCUUACGUCGUGGUCCUCAUUGACGGCGAUGGUGCCAUCUUCCAUGAAGCGUUUCUAGAGACGCCUGCCCAUGGAGCUCCUGACGCUUGCCGGCGGCUGAAUGAGAACAUCAAGGACCAUCUCAAGUCGACAGGUGGGAAGGAGGACCUGCCCGUCUUCGCUCGCGUUUAUGCCGAUCUUGACAAUCUGGCGAAUGCGAUCCACCAAUCCGGCAUUGUUGACAGUAAGGAGAAGGUCUCCAGAUUCUUCGAGCACUUUACCAACAGCCGUGCUGAGUUUGAGUUUAUCAAUGUUGGUUUCGGCAAAGAGAACGCAGAUUGCAAGAUGAAAAAAAUGCUGGAUUAUUAUUGCACCGACCCUCGGUGCGAGAGAAUCUACUUUGUCGGCUGCCAUGACGGGGGCUAUAGCCACGUUCUCAAGGAACAUCUCAACAGCCAGAAGCGCAUCUUCCUGGUCGAAACGACCCCAGCGCCCUACUUGUUCAAGUGGCUCGGUUUUGAAAAACUGAGUUUCGGUGAUGUCUUCAGAAAGGAGCCUCUGCCAACCAGAGACAGCCCUUUCUUUCAGAUUGCAGCGAGCCGCGUCGGUUCGAAUCGAGCCAGCGACCGAGAGAUCAUGCCUAAAGAGGGCCCGGCUUGCCCUCCAAGCCCCUCGACGAUGGUCGGGUCUCCAAUUCUAAAUGCGGCCGUGCCUGUGCCUGUGAAGAGGCUUCCCAUCAGGCUCCCACCCAGUCGCGCAUCAUCGGCAAGCAACGAUGGCUUUCCAUCCGCCAUCCGCCAGCCAGAAAAGUCCGCUAAAUACAAAUACAUCAACUUCAACAAGCAUGGAGCUCGAGUAGACCCCGAGGUGGUUAAAUCCAGCAAGGAAGCCAAGAAUUCAUACAAUGAGAAGUUCACCGCACUGGAAUCCGCCGACAAAAAAAAAAAGGUCUUCUGCAACUCGUGGUACUUGAAUGGCCAAUGUGGCUGGGCAAAGGACUGCGAAAAGGUGCACGACGUGGAGCUGACCGAGGAGGAGCUCCUGGUCCAUCGGGAGAAGGUCCGCGGCUCUCUCUGCAACAACGGGGUGAAGUGCAAGGAUUUCGAUUGUAAGCUCAGCCAUCAUUGCCCUGAGGGCCAGAAUUGCCGCAGAAAGUACAGUUGCAAGUUCAUCACGAAGAAGGAUGGAAAUUUGCAUUACGACGAAGCGUCCCUGAAAACUGUGUUUCGUCUGAGGGAGAGUACCACUGGUCCUGACAUCAAAGUGAAACUUGGCUCUUAA